AGAUGAAUCGGGGCUAGAGCCCUUUUUCUCGUCACUGCGGCGGCGCCGGCCAACCUGCUUCCGUCACGCCCUACCUCUCCCUCCCCACGCCGGCCAAUCUUCUACUCAUCGUGGCUCUAGCUGCUCCUCUUGCCACCACACUAUCUUCCACCACAGCCACCUACAAUCCACUCCCCCAUCAGCCAAUCCGCUCGAUCCGGAGACCACAAUGGCGCCUGGGCUUAAAGCUGCAGCAAAAUCAACCAAACCAUCAGAAGUGCCACUAACAGAAUAUGACAAAUUGAGAGCCGAGAAUUUGAUGAGGAAUAACCAAAAGUUGCAAAGAUUCGAUGUUACUAAACUAGCGUCAAUACUAACCAUACUUCUGCAAAGAGCAAAGGUGACACUCGUGAAAAAUCUGGAUCUUUGUAUGAGGUCUAUGAAGGUGAAGGUUCUGAAGAUGAGGAAGUCAAUCAGUGUGCAACAAGACAAAGAAACAAAUUAAAGAGGGUCUUGGCACAUGUGCAACAAGAUGAACCUACAAGAGUGACUAGGUAGAAUACAAGGGAUUUGGCUUUAACUUUCAGUCCAGAACUGCAACAAGUCAAAACCUUAGGCCUCUCUACUGCCACAUCCACCCCUCCACAGGGCCAGAACAACUCCAGUGAUCAAGGCAAGUGAUUGCAUCUAAUUUGUGCAAUGCAAUCUAUUUUCAUUUUGUUUUCAUACAGUGAUUAGUUACAUACUAUCCUUUGUCCUAUUACUCUAGUAUUUGGUAAACACCGGCUCAUACAGAAUGCAUGCCACCCACCCAGUUUGGAGGAAAAAUACCAUCAACUCAGAACUGCAUGCAUACAAUUUUUAGAAACAAAAACAACACAUCCAUUCAUCCACAUUACUGCUUACUGAACAUUUACAAUAACUGAAAGUCUAAAACUUUCAACAUUCAACAAUACAAUAGCUGAAAGUUCACAGCCGACCCACACCCACAUGCAGUUAACAGCCACACACACAUAGGCAGCAUCACAGCAAGCAGCAGCAACACAGACAACAAUCUCCAAGCUUACACAGGUAGCAGCAGCAGGCUUACAUAGGCAACAGGGAUGGGGAGGGGCCACAGCCGAUCCUAUCCCGUCACAAGUCAGACACCACCUGACCAGGAACCCAUCCCACACCACCAUCCAAAAUGAUCACCUGUUGACCACAUAUCACUGCAUGCCACCAUUAAAUAGUGUUCCAAUCUUCCAUGAAACCACUUAAUCCCAUUUAUCCUCAAUUGACACCACCUGGUUAGAGAGUUCUGCAUGCUACCUGCUAGUACUGAAGACUCUGGCAAAAUUAGUAUGAAUGGGGAAAACAAGAAUUUGUAUCAAUUGGGAAAUGAGAUCCAGUUAAAAUGGAUCAAGUGCUAGAGAACUCUACUUAUAUACAACAAUUACUUUUCAAAUCAUUGAACAGAAUGCAAGUUCUGCAUGGUUUGCAAUGAUUAGAACUUUUUAAAAGGCAUACCAUCUAUAAGAUGUCAGUUGGCCAAAGUGACAGUAAUUGAUUAGAGUACAUAAGAGGGGAAAGUACCUGUAGGCGAGGCAAUUUCCAGACUGCCUUCAUGCUCUCUCGUGAGGCCGCUCCCUUUGGCCAGUUACUAUGUGCUUUCUUACUUCUUAGCUUUAAUAUCAAUAACUGACAGCUUCAACUUUUUAGAUACACACUGUUCUUCCUUGCUGUAAUCUAUAUAUUUUCCAAAAUUUUUCACCUUCAGCCUUUUUCCCCUGCAUCAAAGCACCAAAAAAAGGAUAGGCGUAUCACUUAACAGAACAUAGACGCAGACAUCAAUAAUAGCUUCAUGAUUAUAAUAGGAAACUUUCAUAAGACCAUAAGUCAGAUUAUUUGGGUGAGCAAAUCUGGUUUGGGGGAUUCAAAAACUCGCAUAACCCAGUAAACUAGAAAAAUGGAGAAGACAUCCGAUCAAGGUGAUAUUCCAUAGUUGGAAAACAAAAAUGAUAAUACUACAAACAUAUAAAAGCGUACUUUGAGCUCUCUGGUAUUUCUGCAACCCCAUCAUUCCACUUCCUCUUCGAACUUGUACCAUUGUUUUCUAUGCUAUGACUAGCAGUGGCAUUUUAUUCAAGCUAGUUACCAUCAUGUGCUUCUUCUUCUUGGUGUUUACAACCAUCCUUUUGAUCCUACGUGACAAGGAUUUUGUCAUCAACUAGAAGUGGCCUCUUCUCUAUUAUUUCAAGAUCUCGAAUACAGUGCACAUCAUUGUUCCCUACCUGCUUCCUGCAGGAUUUUUGUUUAACCCUAACAAUAGAAAAGAAAAUUGGUUUUGAGAUGGUAAGAGUAUAUAAAAGUCCGAAAAAUGUCACAAUUGAUGGGAGAUGGACAACAAAAUUUGUUCAAUACUGUUUUUGGUGCUGUGCAUGCUUGUCAAUGACAGAUUGAAGUGAUGUGACGUGGAAUAGGCUUGCUUUGGAGAUUGACAUGUUGCAUAAUAUGAACCUUGAUAUUGGCAAUGCAUUAUUUUUCUGUCGUGUUUUCACUUUGUUUUAAUUGUUACUACAACUUGCAGCUUCUUAUGAUGAUGCAAAAGUGCCAGACAUGGAGGAAAUAACUGAGAUGAUGAAUAUGUUGUCGUAAUCAUUGUCCUACAUGGGUGGUGUUCUAAUGUCAUGUUGCUUAUGUGUUGCUUAUUUCUAUACAGUUGUGGUGCAUAUACCUGAAUGUGAAUGUAUUGUCUGUUUAUGUCAUUUUUGCAGUUCCAUGAUUAUAGCUACAUCAAGGCGAGUAGCGUUUCACCUAUUCAUGAUUAAUGUUCAUCUGGCUAGAUUAGCGAC